CUAUAAUAACGUUGCAGAAUUUUUGAGCCACGAAUAUAGGCUAACACAAAAUUUCAAAAUUAAGAACGACCUUAAGAAAGUAAUUAAAGUUGUUGCAUCUCCGAAUCCCCGACAAACUUUCAAAUGUGUCUCGAAAUUAUCCUACAGUUACCUCUACUGCUGUAUCAGCACUACUACUGGUUGUAUUACAAGGCACCAGUUCCUUUAGUUCUAGAACUUCUCCACCAGAACAACUGCGGUGUUUCUAACUACAACGUUUCCCAGCUAAUUAUCAACGGCGUUGACGCUCCUAGGAACGCUUGGCCAUGGCAUGUGUUUGUGUGGUCAAAGGGAGGUAUGUGUGGAGGGUCUAUCAUUGACCGAGAAUGGAUCUUGACAGCAGGGCAUUGUUUGACUGGUGAAGACACAUACGUGUUUUUGGGUGAGGUAGAUUUUAAACAUUUUAAAACCCCUUAUCGAAAUGUAUCAGAACAACUUCUGCAUGUAAAAUACGACGACAAUCCCUUACAAUAUGAUAUUGGUCUUCUAAAGCUUAAAACACCGAUCGAGUUCUCAGACACCAUCCGACCAGUCUGCUUGCCUGAAGGCAACAUCUGGGACUCCUCGCCCUGUUUUGUCACCGGCUACGGACAAAUGACCACAAACGAUUCCGCACCGGACGAAAUAAAUCUCCCAACAAAACUUCAGCAGCUUCGCGUGGAUAUCAUGAACCAAAGUUUGUGUAUGGUAAUUACCCGGAUGUUUGACCCGCCCUAUAAUGAUUACACCGUGUGUAUUGAUGCCCCUGAGAAGUCUGGCGUUUUCAAGGGAGAUUCGGGCGGACCGCUGAGCUGCUUCAAAAACGGAAGAUUUUACGUUGUGGGUUUGGCCAGUACUGCGCCAUUGCCCGUGGGCAUUUUUGACAGUUUUUUUCCUCCUAUCUACAUGUCUGUUCCUCAUUUCAUGGAUUGGAUUGGAAAUUUCGUCAACUUCAAGGCUAAAUAAAUAAAAUGUUCCCCCGAUCUUAUAAGUUGUAGUUCUAGUUCAUUAUUUACAAUAUUUUUUCGUUAUUUUCAAUUAGUUUAGUUCAAUGCAGCGGAGUAAAAGAACACAUUUGGAAAAAGGUAUAUAGAGUAACCAAAUCAGUGAAUUCGUUUGACUUAA